AGGAUGAGGGGGAAGAAACUGGCAGUUGUAAACUAAUUUGACAGUUAGAAAAUAAAGCACAGUACGCUUAGCCACCUCUCACGUGUCCUUGGACUAUGCUUCCUACUUAUUGUUAUUAGAAAGUUCUGGUAGAAAAAAACUCUGCCAGAUGGCCCUCCCUCAACAUUUAUGGUGUGAAAGUCCAUAGUGUCCUAUAACUUCCAGAAUAUUUUCUCACAGAUUCAUAUCUUACACCUAUUACAUAGAAAUUGUAGCAAUAUAUUAAUAAUUUAACAAUUAAUAUGUAUCACAGUAUGAGUUUUAAAUUUCAUCCUAAGCAAAAGGUUUAUGAAAGAAAAUAUGCAGUUGUUUUUCUGCCGGAUAACUCUGAAAUUAGUUUAAUUUCAUUGUAGCUAAUGAGAUUCUUUGCAUAUUCCUUUCAAAAUAUUUAUCAGUGUCACAUUUUGUGGUAUGGAUCAGGGGUCUCCAAAUUUGGUUCCUUUAAGACUUGUGGACUUCAACUCCCAGAGUCCCUCAGCCAGCAAAGCUCUGGGACCAAGGUUGGAGACCCCUGGUUUUGGUUAAUUGUGGGGAAACUAUUCUAAAGUGCCGAAAAUAAUAAAAUGUUGAAUGUUAGCAGGCAUUUUUCUCCUAGAAUACUCUCCUUUCAGUUAAUGAGAUUAAUUUUUGGUUCAGCUUUUAGCAAUUUUUUAAGGAAAUUGCAUCAGAAUAAAAAUACAAAAAACAAAGUAAACUACCAAUAAAGCACAAGCAAAAUGUUAUGGAAAAAUGAUUCUUUGGAUAUUCUUUUAAAAAUAUUUAUCAGGAUAAGUGUCUGGUUUGGGGGAUCAAAACGAUUAAAAUAAUGAAUAUACAAAAAAGAGGCGUAUAAAAAGGGAUUUUGAUUGCUUCACUGUGGCCAUCAUCUUGACAUUUUUUAGUUCCUUCCUGAGUACACUCUCAUUUAGCAAUACUGUAUGUUUUAGUAUGGAUAAUUAUGGAAACGAAAUGAGUCUUGAAAAUAAUAACAAGAUGAAUAGAAAUAUCCUAUUUAUUUUAGGUAAGGAUAGUUAAGUUGGCAAAUCACCGCUAGAAAUUAGCAGAAUUGAAGAUGAUAAACAAGUGGCAUUAUCUUGGAGAAUGAGAAAUAUUAACUAACACCUAGACAACAUAUUUAUCUUGUUUGUAGCACCAUUUUACAGUUUUCAUUUUUGGGGAUAAUUUUUGAACAUAUCAACUUAAUCCAACUAUCCUUUAUAUCGUAUCCACAGUAUAGUGUAAUAACUCAUCUAAAAAAUGAUAUUGAUACUGUUUCCCCGAAAAUAAGACAUCCUCUGAUAAUAAGCCCUUCCCAAAAAUAUUUAAAUGCAUGCACAGCUGGUCCCUGCCGUUUCCUCUGGUUAGGGUUAGGGAAACAGAGCUGGAAAUCAGGUAAGAUAGCAAGAAGAGCCUUAUCUUGCUCCAUGUGCCCCAAAAUAAUAAGACAUCCCCGAAAAUAAGGCCAAGCGCUUAUUUGGGGGUUCAAAAAAUAUAAGACAGGGUCUUAUUUUCAGGGGAACACGGCAGUCAUUCAAAAAGUCUUCCGUUUUAAUGUCCUGUGAAGUUAUUAAUAUUGUAAUAGAAUAAUUAUAUACUUAUUCGGUAUUAUCUUCUGGUAAUACAGAACAUACUCAGUAACUGACAUUUACUCACUAAAUUAAUUUGGAGGGGUAGGCAGUUAUAUAAAUAAAAACUUACUCAUAUAUAACUCUUGAUCUUACUUUACUACACAAGUGAGCUGUAAAACAUAUACAGAUAGAAGUUCUUGAUUUGCAAUCAGUCAAUGGAUCUGAAAAUGGGACUUAGGACGCAGGUUUGAAGUUCCAAUGUCCCUCCCCCAUGGUCAAAAGACCACAUUUUGGGCACUGGGCAACUAGCUUGUAUUUAAAGCUAUGUGCAGUACCCCAUGGUUACAUGACUGUAAUUUAAUAUGCUUUUGCCAGAAACUGAUAUUUAUUUCCAAUUUCCAACAAAAACACCUUAUAGUAAACAAUAUAGACACAAUUUUUUUAUAUAAAAUUUGGUCAAGUCAUGUGGUGACCUACUUUAUGACCCUUACAGCUUACACUUACAACUUACGACCAAAAUUGUGGGCUCUGUUACUAAGUCAAGGAGUAGCUUGACUGUAGUGUAGCUCUGAAUGAAUUAAGUAUAUAUUAUUUAUUCAUAACUAGCGCAAAUUAAUCCCCAAUAAAGUAUUAUUAAAGAAAUAGAAUUGGUAAAGCAUAAUAUACAUGAUUUAGAUUCUCAUGCUGAAGAAUCUACAGACUUGAUAGCAUUUAAUUUGGGUUCUAUCAUGUCUAUUUUCUCAAUACAGUGUUAAGCCAUGAUUAGCUUUAACCCAAAACGAAGCAUUAAAAAUCUUUUGAACCAAUUCCAAAUUUGAUCUAAAUUUCAACUACUGAUUAAUAAACUGAUUAAUAGGACUAAAAUGGAGGGGAAUGUCUCACAAUCAAUUUAUUCAUGAUGUUUUGCAAACCUUUUGCAUUUAUUCCACACAUACAUUGUUGCAAUUACAAAAAUAAUUAUUUGUCAAAAAAUAAUUGUUCUGCCUUUCAUUUUACAGUUCAACUGAAAUUAGAUUUAAAUCCCACUUAUUUGCCCUUUAUUUCUAAGGAAACCUCAAUAUAAAAUAAAAUAGGUUAGCCCGGCAGGUGUGAGAAUUUACUGCUAUUAAUAACUCAUCAGCACUAUGCACUGCCUAAAGCCAGAGGGUAUUGGACUAUAACUUCCGUCUACAGCAUCCAUAACUAGCUAAGGCUGAUAGGAAUUCAGACAGAUUUGGUGAAUCAGGUCUUGUCCUGGCAUGCAGAUCCAACAAGAGUUACUUGUAUCACCUGAGGAUCUGGUGACUCUCUUGAAAAUAAGGAUGAAUGGAUGGAUAGCUGGAUAAGCAUCUCAGUUACUCGUUACUGAAUCAUGCUCUUCCAGAUGCCAUUGUCUAUUCCUCUAUGCUAGCAGACCCAGAUGUUCAGGUAGUACAAGUCAGAGGACUUGGCUUCUAGUCCAGAUUUGAGAAUGUGUUAAGCAGCUACCCUGGCUAUACCUACUCAUUACCAGCAAUGCAUGCAAGGGAAGUUACUUUGUCUUUCUCCACCACACAUUCUCCAAAUAUAACCUGGGCUGUCUCUUUCCUCCACUUCCCAAAUCUCUCAAGUAGAUUUGAGAAUUGCAGGAAGAUAAAUUCAGUCAUGAUAGGUGGAUACAAUAUCCAAAUUGUAUCAGGGUAAGAUGGAUUAAUUCAAACUUCCUUCAUUUGAGCUUAAUCUGAAUAGGUAUAAUAUAAAUGUGGUAUCUAAUUUUUUUAAACUGACCAUCUAUAUUUUAUUUUCGUGCAAAUAAUCUCAAGACAUUAAAUAAAUUAGAUACGGAUACAAGGCAAACAUAACUGUGAAUGUAAUUCAUGUUUAUAUUGGAAACCCUCUUCUGCGAUUCAAUAAAAUGUAAAGCUUUGUUUCAAAACAAAGAGGGUAAUAUUUUAUACAACAGUCAUAUCUCACUGUUACUGAUUUCUUUGUAUAAUUUCUAAUGUGUACAUGCCAAAAGAAGUGGUAUAUCUAGCUGUAAUAUAGGGGAACAAUUAUUUUUUAAAUGAAGGCAUUAAUACAGUAUUACUCAUUAAUUAAGAAUUGUACUGCUUGUUUUGUAAAUUUUACAACAAUCACUGCAUUAUCUGGCAGUGUAUCAAUUGUUUUGUGUUUUAAUCUGUAUUAAGAGUUGAUACUUGAACAGUUUUAAAAUAAACUGUUUCUUGUACCGAUUGUUUUCUAUGAUUAUUCUAUACUGCAGCAUUUGUAACUAUGAUUAUAUCUCAAGCAAACAUUUCAAGUAAAAAUAAGAGUUAUAUUAUUUUUUUUCAGUCCAAAAAGAGUGUUAUAUUAACCAGCCUAUAUUUCUGAAAUAAUUACUUGAAGAUUAUUUCAUUUACAACAAACAUUAGAUAAUAAUAAUCUUAUAUAGUAAUAAUUCAGGUUUUUCAGCCAAACAGCGCCAACCAUUCUCCAAAGAGAAUGAUAGGGAUAGCAGGCUUGGAUUAACUUUGCGGUUUGCAUUCACCCAAAAAAUCUUUAGUACGGCACAGCACAAUCUCAGCCACAUAUUAUCCAACGCUAUACGGAUUGUUAGAGGGGAGGGGAAAUUAAGAAAGAUGGGGUGAGGGGGGUGCCUAAAGCAGGGACAGCACAGUCAUUGAUUACAGAUAGCAACAGCAUUUAGACUUAUAUAUUGCUUCACAGCACUCUGUAAGCCAGCGAUGGCUAACCUUUUCCCGACUGAGUGGCCAAAGCGUGUGCAUAUGUGUGCGAAUGCGUGCAUGCCUGAACCUCCAAAAUGCAAUGCAUGUGCGCCAGGGUGAAAUCUAAUUUUUUUUGCUACUAGUUCUGUGGACAUGGCUUGGGGGGGGGGUGUCAUGUGACUGGGUGGGCGUGGCUAUGUGACCGGGGGAUCAAAAAACAGAAACUCACUAGCAAUGUCCUGCUGGAGCAGGGUUGGACUAGAUGACCUCCAGGUCCCUUCCAGCCCUGGAUCAUCCUCUGAAGCUGCGUCUAGUUCCAGGUUUGUACUCCUUCCUUCCUCUCUUCCUUCCUUCCCUGCCUUUCUUUCUCUCUCUCUCAAAAACGAACCCCCCCACACACACCCAUUUUUCCUCCCAGCUGGCUUCCCUGAUAGCCAAACCAAAAAACGGGUGGAGGAGUCCGUUUUUCCUCUCAGCAGGCUUCAGGAAAGCUUCAGGGAAGCCUGCUGGGAGGAAAAAUGGACUCCCCCACCAUUUUUUGAUUUGCUGCCUAGCAGAGCCUGCUGGGAGGAAAAAUGGACACACACACACACACACACACACACACACACGUUUUUUGGCUAGCACCCAGCUGAGCUGUGCGAUCAUCAUUUUUUUUUACUUCUAAAAGCAUUUUUUCAGCCAAAGAAAAAAUUCUUUUAAAAGUAAAAAAAACAACCUCUGAUGAUCACGCAGCUCAGCUGGGCAUUGGGGACGGGGUAGGGAUUUUUGCUACUGGUUCUCCAAACCACCCGCCAGCAUCGCUACUGGAUCAAGCCAUCCGGUCCAAACCAGGAGCAUUUUACCCGAUGUGCGCCCGUGCAUGCACACACUCCCUCCGCAUGCACCACGCCCAUGCGCAUCUGCCUACAUGCACCACGCCCUGUGCAUACAUGCACUUCCCCCCCACAUGCACCCCAGCCCCCACGCAUGCGCAGCAGAGACCCAAAGACCAGCUGGCUGGUGGGAGGCGUACGCGCAUGCGUGGCGGAACUGAGCUAGGGCGAUGGCUCACAUGCCCACAAAGAGGCUGUGCAUGCCACCUCUGCCACGUGUGCCAUAGGUUCACCAUCACAGCUCUAAGCUGUUUACAGAAUCGGCCUAUUGCCCCCCACGAACUGGGUCCUCAUUUUACUGACCUCAGAAGGAUGGAAAGCUGAGUCAAUCUUGAGUCUCUCAGGAUCAAAGGAAUCGAACUCCUGGCAAUGUGAGCCAGAAUCCUACACUAGGAUUCUAAUCUCAGGACUCAGGAUCAAAUUCAGGUCUAAUGCCUCUGUUGCUGUCAAGACUUAAUAAUCUGAAUCUAUCAUUGGCACUGCAUAGUGCAUAGCAUAACUUUGCAGUUUUGGUCUCUCUCCUGAAUAUUUGGCCAAUUAACGCUGGAGAAGGCCAAAUCAAUAGUAAGAGAGAGUAUCGGGGCACUGGUUGUCAAAAUGACAUCACCAGUGCUGCUGAAUUCUAUCGCCAAAUGUUAGACAUAAGUGUGGUAACUACCCAAUCUAAAAUAUUAUGGAUGGGCCAUUUCCACAUCUCGCUUUGUUGCCCUCUCAUUAACUCUACUGGCAGGAAGAUUUCAUAGGACUCUUUAUUUGCAGAGAGUUUGCUUUUGUACUCAUGUCCUCAUAGGGUGCUCUAAGGUGUACUCACUUCAAAUACAAGGGCCACGCUGUCAAUUUUAACCAAUUAUUGUGGUAAGCUAUUUCUUUCCUUUAUUAUACUCAUUUUAUUGUAAAGGCUGGUCAAAGACUAUAAUAAAGAUUAUUUGAUUUGAUCCGAUUUGAUUACACACAGAAAGAAAAAAGGUAAAUCGGGACAAACAACAGCAUCAUGGAGGAAAACUAAUUUAAGAAAAGAAAACUGUUACUCACAGAAAACAACAGAGACCAUUAACAGAGCUGGGAUUGUCCCACACUCUAUCCCCACCCACCCAAAAAGAAUUCAUGAUUUUAAAUAAAAUUCUUACACAGUAUAAACUGCUUCUGUUCUACAAAUUCAAACCAAAAUCACAAUACACUGCUCCUAUUUUUCACAGAGCUGUUUACGGGUGAAAUAGAGUAGCUUCUAGUAACUUGGGCACAUAUAUAAUUGGGCUGUUCACACAACCUGCUAUAAUACAUUUUGCUUAACAACGAUUUAUUUGCUAGUGAGUAAAUGUAUAUUACACCAUUUUAGCCAGGUGUUCAAGGUAAUUGCAUUUCAAAAGUCAUUCAGAAGGGCUCUGGACCACAUAUAAAUCCUAUCAUAUAUGUCUCCUACUCAAUGAAGCAGCAAUAGUUUUUUGCAGAGUUCUGGAAGAUAAAUGCAGAUGGUUUAAGAGUUGCCUUAAAGACAGUGUUAUAUUGAUAUGAUUCAUUAGAGUAGAAGCAUCUUUUAUCAAGCUUGCACAAACAAAAAUCUGUGCUUUAAUGAAUUUCAGAGGAGUUACGUUUUUACCAGAUAAAAAGCACUUGAACAGUUUUAAAGUGUGCAUAAUUCUUGGACAUAGUAAUAUUUUAUUCUGUUGAUUUUACUCAUAAUGAUCUUGAGAGGUAGAUAAACUGAAAGACUUUGAUUGAUUCAAAGUUCACUAGUAAUCUUUUAUUGGUUUUAUUAAGGAUGGACUUCAACCUUAAUGUCCUGUAACAGCACCUCAAUUAUUAUAUGACACUGGCUUCUCCUAUGUUGAAUCAGGAGCAAUUGGGUAUAUUUCUACAACAUAUUAAACCUUAAACUGUUUUAUACAAAGGUGGGCAAGGCACAGUAUUCUAAAAUUCUUUCUUCCAAAAUCUGGAGAAAAAUUGCCAAUAUAGGGUCAUGAAAUUUCCUUUUCAUUCUUCCAAAAAUGCAAUGUAGGGAGUACAAGAACAGACCAGUUUUGUUAGGCAAAUGACACUCAUUUCUACCCUUGGAACGAACCCCUGCUCAGAAACCUCUCCCGAAAUUCCAGAACCAUCCCACGAUAACAAAUUUCAGCACCACAAUUUUGGACCAGUGGUGAGACAGGAUUAAAGUUCAAAUAGGACCAGUUUUAAAUGCUGUCUUCCAUUUUGUUUUAAUUUGUACAUAAAACAAGACCCUAAUAAAACAAGAGAUAAAUGGUUUUAGAAUAGAAUAGAAUAGAAUAGAAUAGAAUAGAAUAGAAUAGAAUAGAAUAGAAUAGAAUAGAAUUUCUGAUCUUUGCCCAAAACAAAGCAAGUAUGGUAUCAACACAAGCAAAAGUAAGGCCACGAGUAUCAGGAUAGACUGCAGUAUUCUGAGAAAUCAAUUUUUGAUAGAAAAAUCUGCCGUUUUCCUGAAUCCCCUGAGCUGUGGUGCAAGAAAGAUUAAAUGUUCCUCUCUGCAAAUUAGUCUUUUGAAUUGUGAAUAAGGCAUUAUUAAUUUGCUUAUCUUUAGAUAUACACUGUUUUUAUGUAUAUCCGUCAAGCAGUCUUGUGGACGCCUCUCACCAACAUCCACAGUGCUGGGUUCUUUCCGAGUACCAAAUAUGGGAAAGAAAUUCCUACUUUUAAAAAAAUCAUCUUAGUGAUACAACUAUAAGGAGCUACAGUAGCCUUUUUUAUCAAUCCUGGGUAUAUCUGACACCCGCAUCUUAUAUUUCCUGCAGAAAAGCUGGAAGAGUUUUACUGUGGAGGACAGCUCCAGAUGUACUUUCUGUUUAACCCCAUCCUACUUUUUUUUUUUUAAUCUUCGUCAGCUUUUUGCCAGCCUGGAGCAUUUCGGCAACUGCCAUUUUGCACAGUCAGCCCAGCAAAGAAACAGGCAGUGCAACUCUGUCUGUACAGAUCUACUCAAAAGUACGACAGCCAUGAGCUCCGAGCCUCGCAACCGCCAGCAGACUCUGGCUUUACGGAAGCAGUUCAUCGGGUCAUCCUGCAAGCUUUUUUUUCCAGAAGAUCCAGUGAAGGUUAUCCAGGCAAAGGGCCAAUAUAUGUAUGAUGAAAAUGGAAACCAGUACCUUGACUGUAUCAAUAAUGUUGCUCAUGUGGGGCACUGCCAUCCUGAAGUGGUCAAAGCAGCUCAUCAGCAGAAUCUACUGCUAAAUACAAACUCUCGGUAUCUGCAUGACAAUUUGGUGGAUUAUGCACAGAGACUUUCUAAAAAAUUGCCGGAGAAGUUGUGUAUCUUCUAUUUUUUGAAUUCAGGAUCAGAAGCUAAUGAUCUUGCUCUGAGACUAGCACGGCAAUAUACAAAGCAUAAAGACGUUAUUGUUAUUGACCACGCUUAUCAUGGACAUCUGACAUCUUUGAUUGACAUAAGUCCAUACAAAUUCAGAAAUCUAGAUGGCCAAAAGGAAUGGGUCCAUGUGGCUCCUCUUCCUGAUACUUACAGAGGAUUAUAUAGAGAAAAUCAUAAGGAUCCAGCCACAGCAUAUGCAGAUGAAGUGAAAAAAAUUAUUAGCAAAGCACACCAAGAAAACAGAAAGUUUGCUGCACUUUUUGUAGAAUCAUUGCCCAGCGUUGCUGGACAAAUCAUUCCACCAUCUGGUUAUUUCCAAAAGGUUGCCGAGCAUAUACACAAAGCAGGAGGUGUAUUUAUUGCUGAUGAAAUUCAGGUUGGCUUUGGCAGAGUGGGCAAACAUUUUUGGGCAUUUCAACUUCAAGGAGAGGAUUUUAUUCCCGAUAUUGUUACUAUGGGAAAGCCAAUAGGGAAUGGACAUCCUGUGGCUUGUGUAGCAACAACAAAGGAAAUUGCAGAGGCCUUUUCAGCAACAGGAGUAGAGUAUUUUAACACAUUUGGAGGAAAUCCGGUGUCCUGUGCAAUAGGCCUUACAGUAUUGGAUAUUAUUGAGAAAGAAGAGCUUCAAACCCAUGCCCUUCAUGUGGGAAAAUUCUUUAUGGAACUACUCAAUCAACAAAAAGCUAAACAUCCUCUAAUUGGAGAUAUCAGGGGUGUUGGACUAUUUAUUGGUGUAGAUUUAGUACAAGACCAAGAGAAAAGAUUACCUGCUAGCAAAGAAGCAGAAUUCAUCAUAACAAGAUUAAAGGAAGAAUUCAUUAUGCUGAGCACAGAUGGACCAGGCAGAAAUGUGCUUAAAUUCAAGCCACCAUUGUGUUUCAAUACAAAGGAUGCAGAGUUAGUUGUUGAUAAACUUGAUAAGAUAUUAACAGGAUACAGGCAUGGUGCAGAAUUCUACCAUUUUCUACACUUAAAACUACAAUAAUAAAAUUCUGCCUU